AAAGGGUCCUGGCUCCGGCUGUUUUGUCCUCGGUCUCCCCAGGAUCCCCCCAUUCCCGGAGCCUGGCAGGGCUGGCACAGGCUCGGCUGCCCUCACCUCUCGGCCAAAACAAGCUCCUGGCUCUUCUGCUUGCAAAGAAAAUAGAAAAAAAAAAAAAAAAAUCUGACAACCUUUUAGAGCCUCGGAGAAGCAGGAGGUACACUGGAAAACGGGUGAUCCUGGGAUUUACUUUUUUUUUUUUCUUUUUGACAAUCUCAUCGUUUUGGGCCUGACUCACGGCUUUUGAAUGUUUGGGACGGGCAGCAGCGGGGAAAAGUAGGUUUGCUCAGCACAAAGCAGGAGGGUCGGGUUGUCUUGUGCAGGGACAAGGCGCCGCGGGGGGGGUGUGCGUCGCCCUGUUCCCAGCCCCUCUCCAUCCUCGCCGGGGCUCGCGGCCGCCCCCGGACCCGACACGGCACGGGGGCUGGCCCCCCAGCAUGGCACAGGAGGCAGCCCCCGUCCUGCUGGUUGUCCUCGCCAGGCUGGUGUCAUCCACGUGGCAUGAAGGGUCUGGCUACUACGCUGCCGAGAGUCACACCAAUGAAGUGUACGUGGAAGAAGCCCCCCCUGAGCCCGCCCUGGACUACCGCCGAGUGCCCCAGUGGUGUGCCACGCUCAACAUCUACCGUGGAGAGGCCACCUGCUACUCGCCCCGGGGUGCCACCUACCGCAGCAGCCUGGGCACACGCUGUGAGCUGAGCUGUGCCCGUGGCUACCGGCUGGUGGGGCCCAGCGCCGUCCAGUGCUUGCCCAGCCGCCACUGGUCCGGGAUGGCGUACUGCCGACAAAUCCGGUGCCACGUGCUGCCGGCGGUGCCGCGGGGCUCCUACGUGUGCUCGGCCGGUGUGCAGAUGGACUCCCGCUGCCACUACACCUGCCUGCCCGGCUACCAGCUGGAGGGCGACCGCAGCCGCCUCUGCAUGGAGGACGGGCGCUGGAGCGGGACCGAGCCGAUCUGUGUAGAUCUGGAGCCCCCCAAGAUCCGUUGCCCGGACUCCCGGGAGCGGAUAGCCGAGCCAGGCAAGCUGACGGCCACCGUCUACUGGGACCCCCCCCGGGUGAAGGACUCCGCUGAUGGCAUCAUCAAGAGGGUGAUGCUGCGGGGCCCGGAGCCCGGCUCCGAAUUCCCCGAGGGGGAGCACGUCAUCCGCUACACGGCCCACGACCAGGCCUACAACCGAGCCAGCUGCAAGUUCACCGUCCGCGUCCAAGUGAGGCGCUGCCCCGUCCUGAAGCCCCCGCAGAACAGCUACCUCUCCUGCACCUCCGACGGCAACAACUACGGUGCCACCUGCGAGUACCUGUGCGAGGGGGGGUACGAGCGGCAGGGGACCUCCCUGAGGGUCUGCCAGUCCACCCAGCAGUGGACGGGCUCCCAACCCUUCUGCGCACCCAUGCAGAUCAACACGGCUGUGAGCUCGGCUGCCAGCCUGCUAGAUCAGUUCCAGGAGAAACGCCGCCUCUUCAUCAUCUCAGCCCCCGACCCCUCUAACCGCUACUACAAGAUGCAGAUCUCCAUGCUGCAGCAAGCUGCCUGCGGGCUGGACCUGCGACACGUCACCACCGUCGAGCUGGUGGGGCAGCCCCCACGGGAGGUGGGACGCAUCCGGGAGCACCAGCUCUCCCUUGGCAUCAUCGAGGAGCUCAGGCAGUUCCUGCACCUCACCCGCUCCCACUUCAACGCCGUGCUGCUGGACAAGGAUGGCAUCGACCGGGAGCGCUACAUCUCCCCCAUCAGCCCCGACGAGCUCUUCCUCUUCAUCGACACCUACCUGCUGAGCGAGCGGGAGGCGGCACGGCGGGCGCAGAGCGGGGACCCCUGCGAGUGAGGAGGGCAGUGUUGGGGGAGACCCCCAACCCCUCUACGCUCCACCACCGCUGGCCUCGGGGGACGGACACAUUCCUUUCUGCUUUUCUAGUCGCCCACUGUAGAGGAGAACUAGGGUGCCGAGGACCUCCAGGGGAUGGGGACAGGGGCCACGUGCCGGCAGCGUCCCCCCUGCCCAGCAGCAGUGUCCAGCUGUGGGGUGGGAUGGCUCAGCCCAGCCAGGACCAUGGUGGGAGACAUCUGAGUGCCCCCCUUCAGGUCAAGGGGGACAUGGGGACCCAGGCAACUGGGGUGCCAGAGCAGAGGAGAGUGGACAGGGCAGGGCGACAGCCUCUAAUGCAGCAGCUUCACCCUCCCCACAGCCCUCCUCACCCCCCCCCCCCACAACCUGAACCCCCUUCCCUCCCCACCCAGGGCAGCCAGAAAGCCUCCAGUAAAAGCUCAGCAAAACCAGUAGCUCAGCUCCAGCUCCCAUCUACCCCUCCCUUCCCCUUCCACCAGCCACGGGGCACCC